GACGUGCGCCAAAGACGUAGGUGUAGACGAUGAACAAAAGAGAAGCCCCACCGUCGAUGUGGCUUUCCCCGGCACGCCCGUCCCGGGGCGCGCCGCAACACUCCGCACCUUCGCUCGCUCCCCGCAAUCGGGCGGGCCCUGGUUGGGCGAAGCGAUUGAGCCGACUGUGGAGUGGAGUCUCCAUCAACCGUUGAGGACCAGGAGGUGGUGGAAGGCAGUGGAGAGGCUGGGUAGAGACUGGGGGAGGGCAACGAAAAGAGGCUGCGGAGGAGGACGACGGCAGCGCCGAAGGACACACCGAGGGGAGGCUCCAGCCCCUCCAACAGGCGGGAGCCCAGCUCCAGGGGAGCCAGCAGCUUCCUCCAUCUUGGUUGAUGGAGGCGGGGAGCGGCGUCUGGGUCUCUCCACCGUGGCACCCGUCCUCCAAAGGCCCCUCAGGCGCAGACGCUGGAAUCAAGGGCUAUCCCCUCGGCCGAAUGGCGGAGCCCAGUUGGGGCUUCGCGGGGCCAAGUUUCCCAGCCCCACGGGGUUUGAUUUUGAAUUGGUCCCAAGUUCCCACAGCAGUCCCGACAAAAUGGAGGACGUCGUCUCCUCCUGCAGCCAUGACGGGAGGUGGGGGGACAAUUCCCCACGGGGGUGAGGCGAGGGUGGAAGUGUUCCCACUCCCCUCAGCACAUUCGGGAACUCACUUCACGCGCUGCCCCGACCUCCCACUUUGCCUCGCUCCAGCCCCUUGCCGGGCUCGCCCCUCACGGGGGGCUUCAGGCAUUGGACAGGGAGGGCGUUGGGGACAUCGAGGCCGCGUCGCUCCUCGGGCAGGGUCGUUGGGAGCGGCUCCAGGGUCCUGGGCUCCCAGGCCCGAGCUAGGGCAGGCGGCCACGGCCUCCGUCCCUAGGGCUGUGCGGGGCCCUGGAGAGCACCCUGGGCCCCCAAGUACCGAGCCGGAGGCCAUGCAGCGGGCAGCGAAACUCGGGCUGCCUGACCCUGACGGACCUGGGGGAUCAGGAAUCACCUUCAGACUUACCUGGUGAAACGUUGCCCGAUAUUAAAAGAAAACAUACUCUUUGUUCUUUGGCAUGGAUAAAUGUUCAGUGAGAGGAUUAGACUUGGAUGAACAGACUCCUGUUUUAUUAGAGCAUAAAGCCAUGGCAGCUAGUCUCGUGGAUAUAGGAAAUUCAUUUGGUAACCCAGCUAGUCCUUUAGUUAACAGAUGUAGAAAUUCAUCAGUAGAAGAUGAUGAUGAUGAUGUCGUAUUUAUUGAAUCUAUACAACCUCCUUCGACUUCUACUCCAGCAAUAGCUGAUCAAAGAAAUUUUAUAUUUGGUUCAUCAAGAAAUAAAAGGCUACAAGGAAAUUAUUCCAUAAUUCUUUCUUCCUCAAGAGAUUUGCCUUCUCAGAAGGGAAAUGUAAGUGAGACAAUUGUUAUCGAUGAUGAAGAGGACAUAGAAACAAAUGGAUGGGAAAAGAAAAAUUCUUCCAAUUUUGUUGAAUGGGGACUUCCUGGAACUAAAAAUAGAACCAAAGAUUUGGAUUUCUCCACUUCCAGUCUUUCAAGAAGUAAGACCAAGACUGCAGUAGGACCUUUUAAUCCUGGUAGGAUGAAUGUGGCAGGAGGUGAAUUUCAGAAUGGAGAAUAUGCAACUCAUCAUAGUCCUGAUUCUUGGAUCUCCCAGUCAGCAUCAUUUCCCCGUAAUCAGAAACAGCCAGGUGUGGAUUCUUUAGCACCAGUGGCCUCCCUUCCUAAACAGAUUUUCCAGUCUUCAGUCCAACAGCAACUUACAAAACCAGCUAAAAUCACUUGUGCACACUGCAGAAAACCUUUACAGAAGGGACAGACAGCUUAUCAACGAAAAGGAUCAGUUCACCUCUUUUGUUCUACCACCUGCCUUUCUUCUUUCUCUCAUAAGCGCACUCCAAAGAAACGCAAUGUUAUAAGUAAAAAAGAUGUACCUACAAAAAAGGCUACUACUGUUCCUCAAGUUGAGUCAAGAGACUCCUCCCAAGAAUUUUGUAGUACGUCUUUGCCUCCCUAUGAAGACAACCAGAAUUUUAGAAAAAGAAUUAAUAAAUCAAGAUGUAUAAUCUGUAGUAAACUAACAGAGAUUCGCCAUGAAGUCAGCGUUAAUAAUGUAAUACAUAAACUGUGCAGUAACCAGUGCUUUAAUAAGUACAGGUUAGCCAAUGGUCUGAUAAUGAAUUGCUGUGAACAGUGUGGAGAGUACUUGCCCAGUAAAAGUGCUGGAAACAAUGUUCUGAUCAUUGAAGGUCAGCAGACAAGAUUUUGCUGUCAAGGUUGUGUCAAUGAGUAUAAACAGAUGAUGGAAACAAAAUCAAAAAAUUUGUCAGCAUCAGAAAACAGAAAAAGGCAUGCUGUUAGAGAAGAAAAUGAAAGAAAAUUAUAUGGGCCAUUGAAUACUGUUUUAGAAAAAAAAGAGGGAAUACCGAAUAAAAAGGAAAAGACUCCAGAGCUACAGGUUUUGGCAGAAUAUAGCACAGAUACAUCAUUGAUCAAACAGAGUGUGAAUUUAACUUCUUCGGUGUUAACCAUAGCUGAUAAAUUUCAAGAGCCACUGGAAGAGAAAAAACCAGAAGACUGCAUUAUAUCAGUUGUACUUUCUACAGACCCAGGUACAUGGCCCCGAGUUUUAAAUACUAAACAACGGGACAUUCUUGUUGAAAAUGAUCCGCCUCAAGUAAGAAAUUUUAACUUUCCAAAAGACAGUACAGGGAGGAAAUUUUCAGAAACUUACUACACACGAAUUCUUCCAAAUGGUGAUAAAACCACUAGGUCCUGGUUACUUUAUUCGACUUCAAAAGAUUCUGUGUUUUGUUUGUAUUGCAAACUUUUUGGGGAAGGGAAAAAUCAACUGAAGAAUGAGAAUGGGUGCAAAGAUUGGCAGCAUUUAUCACAUAUUCUUAGCAAACAUGAGGAAAGUGAAAUGCACAUCAAUAAUAGUGUUAAGUAUUCAAAAUUAAAAUCUGAUUUGAAAAAAAAUAAAACUGUGGAAUCUGCAGGACAUGGAUUACAGUAUGAGAAUGAGAAAAAUGAUGGUGUGCUGUUGCUGUACCCAUAAUAUACCUGAUGUGGUUCUUGACAUAGUAGGGGCUUAAAUUUAUUCAGAAAAGAUCUGUACCCUAAUGAUCAGUACCAUUUUUGUUGGGAGGAUCCUAUAACUCAGCAGUUCGUUAGCAAUAAGUGUAAUAGCAAAUAGUAAAGAAUGUUUCUGUUCCAAAUUCUAAAACUAAUUGGAUUCAAUAGUAGUUAAUGCAGAUAUGAAUAAAGUUAGUUGUUACGUUUUCAUUCUGUCAAUUCACACCUUUUAAAAUUGGCAUUUGAGGGCUAACAUUUAACAUGUUUGGUUAAUUUUCUGUUCUGAUUACUUUGCAAGGAGAAAAAGGCUUCAAUUUAUCAAUACUAGUUUGAACAAGAUACUAUGUGACUGUUCUCUUCAUUAUUAAAGUAAAAACUUUCAGAAACAGUUUGAAAGUAGAAUGGAGUCUGAAACUGCAGCUUUUUGCUAUUAAACCAA